UCGCCGUGGCAGCGGAAGGCCGCUCUGGCGCGCGGCGGGCAGCAGGGAGGGGAGGGAAAGGCGGGGGGGCCGCCGCCGCCGCCCGGAGGAGACGCCGCCUGGAUCAGGAUCCGUGAUGGCCAAAGACAUCCUCGGCGAAGCCGGCUUCCACUUCGAUGAGCUGAAUAAGCUCAGGGUGUUGGACCCGGAUGUGGCUCAGCAGACGGCGGAGCUGAAAGAGGAGUGCAAAGCGUUUGUGGACAAAAUUGCAGAAUUUAAAAAAAUAGUGAGCAACCUCAUUGAGCUUGUGGACCAACUAGCAAAAUCAACAGAAAAUGAGAAGAUUAAGACCAUCCCGGGUUGGUCACAGAAAGUGACUUUUUUUGCAUAGGAGGGGCUUCUCAGGAGGACGCCAGCGUGGCAGAGUCAGGGAAGCUAUAAAAGGGAAGACGAAUUCCUUCAGAAAAUGGAAGUCCUGCCCAAAUGGAGAGAACAGGGAGGAACAUAAGCUCUGGCAAAAGAAAUGCAAGGAGACCAUUCAGGAUGCAAAGAGAGGGUUUGAGGAGCAUCUAGCUAGAAGUGUCAAGGGAAAUAACACACACUUAUUUAACUAUAUCAGAAGCGGAAAACCUGCCAGGGAGGCGGUUGGAGCCUUAGAUGAUGGGGAAGUGAAAGGGAUGAUUAAGGAUGCUGGACUAGAUGGGUCUUGGGCUUGAUCCUGCAGGGCUAUUCUUACGUUCUUCGGUAGGAGCCUGGGGAUUUCAUAUUCCACGCUGUCUCCAGUGGGCUUUAAAAUACGAAAUGUCCAGGGACCCUUUUAACCAGAGAUUCCAGGGACCAGACCUGGUUCUCACCGGCUUGUUCCCAUAUCUGCCAAAAUGCAUCUAAAUUUGCUUACAGGUGUAUGAAGCUGUUGCAAGUGGGCCAAGAAGGACCUCUCCAAGUGGGGGCUCUCUUACCUUUAGCAUGGGGAGAGUGACUGGCCUUCUCCAGCCCCAACACAGCAUCCCUCUGGCGGCUGUUGCUGGACAGCCGCUGUGCCAACUAACACAAUCCCUGACUGUUGCCCACUGUGGCUGAUAGGAGUUGUAGUCCCAAACCAGCUGGGAGGCUGAAGUUGGGCCGCCCUGUUUUGGACUGCAGGCCGCUUGGGGGCAAUGAGCCAUCCCCAGGUCCUUUGGGAAUGCCUCUGGCUGCCAGGGCCAAGAGCUGGUUCUCUCCAAUCAAGCUCCUUCCAUGCCAUCAGUCAAUCCAGCCAUUCAAACUCCGAUAAGGAGUCCCUCCGGUUUUUCACCCUGCGCGGCCCCAGGCCGCCGUCCCGAUCGAGCUUCCGGGAGACCGCUGCUCGUGUGCUGCCAAGACGGGGGUGCUGAAGCCGCCCUCUCUCUCC